AUGGGGGAGCUUGACCCCGGCCAACAUGGCGGGUGGAUCUCGGUAGCUGGGGAAGAGGAGCUCGCACCGCCCCAUGGCAAAGAGGAAGAGGAGGUCACGCCGCCGGCCAUGGGGAAGAGGAAGGGGAGGUGUGAGGCCGGCCAUGGGGAAGAAAGAUUCAAGAGCAAGGGCUCACGAGAAGCGGUGGUCAAGAUCCAGGAAUGCCGCAGUGGAGGCAGAUCCGAGCCAAACCGGGGCGCAAGCCUGUCGCGGAGGCGAAGGACGACCGUGGGUGGGCACGCCCGUCCCAUGUGGGCAGUGUCAGAGGGUGGAGCAAAGGCGGGAACCAUGAUGUCUGCUGCGACGGAAAGGAGAUCGAGAGGGAGGGGAGGUUUGAUGCGUUUGAUGGAGACUAGAACCAGGAAAAGGCAUCAUGUUGUUGAUUUUUCUUCAGAAGAUGACUUUCUUGAUCUAGAUGAUAAUGAUAGUGAUGAUGUGAUGUGCUCUUUACCUGUUAAUGAAGAAGUUCUAGGUGAUAAAUCAAGUUAUGAUGAUGAUAUCUUAUCUGAGUCUAAGAAAGAGAAAUCUUCUUCCCGUUCGUCUGAUGGAUUCACUAGGCAGUCUGUCAGUAAGUUUGCUACUGUUAUUGGUUCUAUGUCUGAAGAUAAGAAGGCUAUUGUUAGUAGAUAUGGAUUUGGAUCGCUUCUGCUUUUCAACAAGUGUUUUGUUCCAAAGAAGUUCACCAAGUGGUUGGCCUCCCAUGUUGAAGCUAAGUCUGGUGAUCUUAUUGUUAAUGGGAAGUGUUUGCUUCACGGUGUUAAGAGUUUCAACAAAGGAAAGAAAGAUGGUCAGAAAAGUUCUGGAACUCUUGGUGGCUGUAUGUUCUAUCUUGCUGUUGUGUAUUUGGAUCAUGUUGAUUUCUCUCAUCGUCGAGUGAGUGAUUCCUUUCCUCGAAUUGGAGUUUGGAAGCAGAACAUGAUCAGAGAUUAUUCUGAUCUUGAUCUAAAAUCUCCUUCUCAAUAUGGAAUGAGGCCUCUUCUUGAUUUUGACAAGACAUGCUAUCAGAAGGCUUUCAGUCGUCACCUAGUAUCAGGCGCUGAUGAUUCUGAUGUUGCUGAUUUCUUGUUUAAACUUGAACAAGCUUGUGGUUGUGAUGUGCCUGAUAGUUUGAAAUCUAGUAUUUUGAAUGUGAUUGAAGAGCAUUGUAAGACUUGUGUUCCUCCUAUUCCUAUUGAUCUGUUCUCUCUUGGUGGUCUUUCUGACGACUUGAAGAAGUUGUUUUCCAAAUUGAUGAAUCAUGUAUAUUCAUUUAAAGAGAAGUCACGGGAAUUAGUUGUUAAAGUUUUGAAGGAGUUUGCUGACUAUGAAAGUUCUUCUGAUCCUCAUAUUCCGUCUCCUGAGAUGCCUAGUGCAUCAGAGAAUCUCUAUAUAGGAAUCUGGCUUCCAAAAGAUGGGCAGCCGAUCGGGCCACGUCGCCCGACCACCCGUCAACCGUUCGAUCGGGCGGGCUCGCCAUGUGGACCGUCAGAUUUUGGAUCGGAUUGGGUCUCCGCCUGUUCCAUCGUGCUCCCGCAUCGGGAAUCUUCUCGGCGCGUCGGCCCGUAG